UUAUUUUUCAGUACAGUAAUUUCACAAUAUUUAAUAUGCUUUCAUUUCAAUUGUUUUUAUUUCAGUUCAGCUUUUAUAUCCGUUAUUUGAAAGUACAUGCCUGGAAAUCUGAAAGUACACGGCCUAGUCCACCUUAACAGUUUGUGUUGUGACAUCAGAGAGAGGCAGUAAGAUAAAUAGGGUUGGGUGGAUCAUACUUGUGGCACAAAUGAAGUGUCUGACACAAAGAAUGGAGCUGUAUUCCAUCUCCUCUAGAAGACUUGAUGAGUAUAUUAGUAAGAACCUUCACCCCAGCAAGGAGCUCCAACAGAAUGUCAAAGAUGCUGUCAACAGAAUUUGUUCUUUCCUGAAAGAGAAGUGCAAGAUGGAUGCCAGGGUGAUCAAGACAGUAAAGGCUGGCUCUGCAGGAAAAGGGACAACCCUGGGUGAGAAUUCAGAUGUUGAUCUGGUUAUCUUCCUCAGCUGCUUCUCCAGCUUUCAGGAUCAAGCAGAGAAGCGUGAAUAUGUGAUCAAGACCAUUAAAGAGAAUUUGGAUAAAUGUAUCCAGACUAUUGCUUUCAAAGUUGACAUCUACCCACUGAGUGAAGGGACAACUCCCCCACGCUCAUUCUCACUCCUCAUCCAGGCAAAAAAGAAGACAGAAUCGGUAGAGGUGGACAUCCUCCCUGCGUAUGAUGUUUUAGGUCAGAUAAAUUCUAUAUAUAAGCCACCUGUGGAGGUCUAUAACAGACUGAUUGAAGCCAAUGGAAAGCCAGGAGAGUUCAAUACUUCCUUCACAGAGUUGCAGUGGAAUUUUGUGAAACACCAUCCAACAAAGCUCAAGGAUCUCCUAUGGCUGGUCAAGCACUGGUACAAAGAAAUCAAGAAGAAGAAGAAUUUGUUUCUUCGACAGCAAGGUGUAUCAUUGCCCCCCAAAUCUGCCCUGGAAUUGCUCAUUUAUGCUUGGGAAGAAGGGACAAAACAGGCAGAGCAAUUCGACACAGCAGAAGGGUUUUGCACAGUGAUGAAGUUGAUCAUUUAGUACCAAGAUCUCUGCCUCUACUGGACGGAAUUCUACAGUCUUGAGGAUCCCAAAAUAGGGCUACAUGUGAAAGAAAAGUUGAGGGGGACACGUCCUGUGAUUACUGAUCCAGCAGACCCAACAGCAAACAUUGCCCAAGCCAAAGAAAAAGCUUGGGAUCUACUGGCCAAGGAAGCUUCUUUUUGUCAGAAGCAGCCAUGUUGCAUGAAGGACAAUGAACCCUGCAAAUCCUGGAACGUGCAGUGGCCAUUUCUACUGGCAGCAUUGAGCAAAAUGAAUCCCAGAGAAGAGUUCAAAGCUUGGGUUAAAAGCAUAUAACAGCAGCAAACAGCGAAGAUUACAGCUAAGGGAACACUCUCUGCAGACUUUCAGAUAAGUG